GUCAGCGUCUACGCCGUGUUUAUUUCCGGAAGUAAAUUGUUGUCAGUGUCAGACUUUCCACUAGGAUUAUCAAAUCUCACAUUUACAGCACCAGAACGUCAGGUGUGUCCUCAUCCACAGGAUGGCACAUUGGUUUCACAGGAACCCCCUGAAGGCAACAGCGCCUGUGUCCUUUAAUUUCUAUGGAGUGGCAGGAAGCCCCUCUGCCAAUAAGAUAUGCAAUGACCUGCGGACUAACAGGGCGAGACUGCUGGAGAUGUUCACUGAUGUCACCUGCAACCCUGAGAUCAUGAAAAAUGCCACAGAUGCAUACUUCUCCCUCCUCCAAGGCUUUAUCACGGCCCUGGAUGGAACAACACAGGAGAACAAGAUGAGAUUCAUUCAGAACUUCAAGUGGACUGACACCUUACAAGGAAACACACCAAGUGCCCAGCAGGAUGCAGUCUUUGAACUGGUCUCCAUGGCCUUCAAUGUAGCCCUGUGGUACACCAAGUUUGCCUCGAGACUAGCAGGGAAAGAAAACGUGACAGAGGCUGAAGCGAAAGAUGUUCACCGGAGCCUGAAAGUUGCUGCUGGUAUAUUCAAAACUCUCAAGGAGGUCCACAUCCCUCGUCUCAUCACUCCGGCUGAAAAGGGCAGAGACCUGGAGCCCAGAGCAAUGGAUACAUACAUCAUCCAGUGCCAAGCGGAGGCACAAGAAGUGACAAUUGCCAGAGCAAUUGAACUGAAGCACAACGCAACACUCAUCGCAGCGCUGGCAUUUGAGACAGCAAACUUUUAUCAAAAAGCUGACCACACGUUGAACACCUUGGAGCCAGAAUGCAGUGGCAAAUGGAGGAAGUAUCUUGAGCUGAAGCAGCACUUCUACAUGGCUUAUGCUUAUUGCUAUAAUGGGCAGACGCUGUUGGCGAGUGACAAGUGCGGUGAGGCUAUAAGAUCCCUCCAGGAGGCAGAAAAGUGUACGUAUAUCUUUGACUAGCGUUCAACCUUAAAAAUGUUUUUAACCACAUACUAUAUACAUGUGUUAAAGUGCCUAAGUAACAAGCAUUAUAAUUAGAUAGCACCCUUAAACAUUAUUAUAUCCAAGAAUUAAAAAAAGUAAUGGAACAACACAAGUAUUACAGAGGCCAAUUGCACAAUUAAUUUAUUACCUCAUCAAUAAACUUUUAGUAAGUAA